AUGCUUCUUUCGGCGUUCGCGCGGCCCUGCAAAGUUAAAGCUGUGCUAGACCUUAGUGGGGGCAUGAGGCGCUGGGAGAUAAUCUGCAGCGCCUGCGGCGGCCACUUGGGCCACGUGUUCACAGGCGAGGGGUUUACGCGGACCAACGAGCGGCACUGCGUGAACUCCUUGUCCAUAAAGUACCAAGAAAAAGAGCCUGGCCUCGAGACAGAAAUUCUCAUGCCUGCUAAUUAG